CAGAAGCUUCUUCUCCGAGUCAACUCUUUCACUUUCUCUCUCUAUCUCCGCCUGAAUCUUGACUGAAUCAGCCACCGAGUCACAACUCUUGAAUCCUCACUCGGAAAUCACAACACACCAGAGAUCGAGAAACAAUACUAGAGAGAGUCCUCCUUCUUGAAAUUUGGAGUCAGAUAUAUCUAGCGCAGAUCUUUAUCCAUGUUCUAGGGUUUUACGAUUUACCUUUAUUAGGGGAGGGGGGCUAUCGAUACAUCUACAGCCCUAAAUUAUGAUUUCGAGAGGCUUAUUCGGCUGGUCACCGCCGCAUAUACAGCCUCUCACGCCAGUCUCUGAGGUUUCGGAGCCACCUGAGUCGCCGUCGCCGUACCUUGACACUAGUGCUGAGGCGGUUCCACUCGAGGUUGAGGAUGACCUUGAGGAGCCGGAGGAGAUCGAACCACCGCCGGCUGCAGUGCCCUUUUCUGAACUCUUUGCUUGUGCCGAUCGGCUGGAUUGGGUUCUUAUGAUUGUUGGAUCGCUGGCUGCGGCUGCUCAUGGGACUGCGCUUGUUGUGUAUAUGCAUUACUUUGCUAAAAUUAUUCAGUUGUUGGGGCGUUCUGAAACUGACACGACCUUGUUCCUCGACUUCAAACAUCUUACUCUUACAAUUGUUUAUCUUGCUGCGGGUGUUUUUGCUUUCGGUUGGAUUGAGGUCUCAUGCUGGAUUAUCACGGGAGAGAGACAGACUGCAGUCAUCAGGUCAAAAUAUGUUCAAGUAUUGUUAAAUCAAGACAUGAGUUUCUUUGAUACUUAUGGGAACAAUGGAGAUAUUGUGAGCCAAGUACUCAGUGAUGUGCUGCUCAUCCAAUCUGCUCUUAGUGAAAAAGUCGGCAAUUAUAUUCAUAACAUGGCUACUUUCUUCAGUGGUCUUGUGAUUGGAUUUAUCAACUGUUGGCAGAUUGCCUUGAUAACUUUAGCCACUGGUCCCUUUAUUGUUGCUGCAGGAGGAAUAUCCAAUAUAUUUCUUCAUAGACUUGCUGAGAAUAUUCAAGACGCCUAUGCUGAAGCAGCUAGUAUUGCUGAACAGGCAGUCUCUUAUAUUAGAACUUUGUAUGCUUUUACAAAUGAAACACUGGCCAAGUAUUCUUAUGCAACCUCAUUGCAAGCAACUCUUCGAUAUGGUAUAUUGAUAAGCCUUGUUCAAGGACUGGGGCUUGGAUUUACUUAUGGACUUGCAAUUUGUUCCUGUGCAUUGCAACUUUGGGUUGGAAGGUUCUUAGUUAGGCAGGGAAAGGCUCAUGGUGGUGAAGUCGUAACAGCCCUUUUUUCUGUAAUCUUAAGUGGCCUUGGGCUAAAUCAAGCUGCUACAAACUUUUAUUCAUUUGAGCAAGGGAGAAUUGCUGCCUAUAGACUCUUUGAGAUGAUAAGCCGAUCAUCCUCUACUGUUAAUAAUGAUGGAGCUACAUUAGCUUCUGUUCAAGGAAAUAUUGAAUUUCGGAAUGUAUAUUUCAGCUAUCUUUCACGUCCUGAAAUUCCCAUCUUGAGUGGUUUUUACCUUACCGUGCCUGCUAAGAAGGCAGUGGCACUUGUUGGCAGAAAUGGCUCAGGAAAAAGUAGUAUUAUACCCCUCAUGGAACGGUUCUAUGAUCCUACUUUAGGGGAAGUCCUUCUGGAUGGUGAAAAUAUUAAGAACCUGAAACUGGAAUGGCUAAGAAGCCAAAUUGGUUUAGUAACCCAAGAACCAGCUUUGCUUAGUUUGAGCAUAAGAGAAAACAUUGCUUAUGGUAGAUCUGAUGCUAGUUCAGAUCAAAUUGAAGAAGCUGCUAAAAUAGCUCACGCACACACAUUUAUAAGCUCACUUGAGAAGGGAUAUGAUACCCAGGUGGGCAGGGCUGGUUUAGCAUUGACAGAAGAACAGAAAAUAAAACUUUCUGUUGCUAGGGCCGUGCUUUCAAAUCCGUCUAUUCUUCUGCUUGAUGAGGUUACUGGUGGGCUUGAUUUCGAAGCAGAGCGAUCUGUUCAAGAGGUACUGGAUAUGCUUAUGCUUGGACGGUCUACCAUUAUUAUUGCCCGACGUCUUAGUCUCAUACGGAAUGCUGAUUACAUAGCUGUUAUGGAGGAAGGCCAGCUAGUUGAGAUGGGUACACAUGAUGAAUUAAUAACUUUAGAUGGCUUGUAUGCAGAGCUUCUCAAGUGCGAAGAAGCUGCAAAACUUCCCAUGAGGAUGCCGGUAAGGAACUAUAGUGCUUUCCAGGUCGAAAAGGACACAUCGGCAAGUUACAGUUUCCAAGACCCCUCCUCGCCAAAACUGAUAAAGUCACCUUCCCUUCAGAGAGUUUCUGGCGGUCAUGGUUUUCGGCCAGAUGGUACUCUCAGUCCUCAAGAGUCGCCAACAGCUCAGAGUCCACCUGCAGAGCAAAAUGGUGUUUCGUUUGAUGGGACGGAUAAAGAGCCAUCUAUAAAGAGGCAGGACAGUUUCGAGAUGAGACUACCUGAGUUGCCCAAAAUUGACGUUCAUGCUAAUAAAAUUAAGUCUAAUAAUGCAUCUGAUCCAGAAUCACCUGUCUCGCCGCUAUUGACAUCUGAUCCAAAAAACGAACGUUCUCAUUCUCAGACAUUCAGUAGGCCACUCAGCCAAUCUGACGAUAUACCAAUGAGAAUCAAGGAAUUGAAGGAUACACAACAUCAUAAAGCUCCGUCAUUCUGGAGGCUUGUCCAGUUGAGCUUAGCAGAGUGGCUUUAUGCUGUUUUAGGAAGCACCGGUGCUGCCAUUUUUGGUUCAUUUAACCCUCUUCUUGCUUAUGUCAUUGCCCUAAUUGUUACAGCCUACUACAAAACUACUGAUCAUCAUCAUCUGAGACAGGAAGUUGACAAAUGGUGCUUAAUCAUUGCCGGCAUGGGUGUUGCUACAGUGAUUGCUAAUUUUCUUCAACAUUUUUAUUUUGGCAUAAUGGGAGAAAAAAUGACUGAACGUGUAAGGAGGAUGAUGUUCUCAGCAAUGCUGCGGAAUGAAGUUGGGUGGUUUGAUGAUGAGGAGAACAGUACUGAUACUUUGUCCAUGCGUUUAGCAAAUGACGCAACAUUUGUUAGGGCUGCUUUUAGUAAUCGUCUUUCAAUAUUCAUCCAAGACAUUGCUGCUGUUACUGGUGCUGUUCUUAUUGGAAUGCUGCUGUAUUGGCGACUUGCACUUGUCGCUUUAGCCACGCUGCCUAUUCUUGUUGUUUCUGCUGUUGCCCAGAAAUUGUGGCUUGCUGGAUUCUCCAAGGGUAUACAGGAGAUGCACCGAAAAGCUUCUUUGGUCCUUGAGGAUGCGGUUAGGAAUAUCUAUACUGUAGUUGCAUUUUGUGCUGGAAAUAAGGUUAUGGAACUUUACAGACUACAACUGAAGAAAAUAUUCAAGCAGAGCUUUCUUACCGGAAUGGUUAUUGGCUUCGGGUUUGGCUUUUCCCAGUUUCUCCUUUUUGCCUGCAAUGCACUUCUUCUCUGGUAUACUGCUUUAUCUGUGGAUAGAGGUGAUAUUGACUUGUCCACUGCUCUCAAGGAAUACAUGGUCUUCUCUUUUGCAACAUUCGCACUCGUGGAGCCCUUCGGAUUGGCACCCUACAUUCUAAAGCGGCGCAAAUCACUUAUAUCAGUUUUCGAAAUUAUCGAUCGAGUUCCGAAAAUCGAACCUGACGACAACAGUGCUUUGAAACCUCCAAAUGCCUAUGGCAGUAUAGAAUUGAAGAACGUGGACUUCUCUUACCCUACUCGUCCAGAGGUCUUGGUCUUAAGCAACUUCAGUCUGAAAGUAAACUAUGGACAAACCGUGGCCAUGGUGGGCGUACUUGGAUCGGGGAAAAGUACGAUAAUAUCCUUGAUAGAGCGAUUCUACGACCCUCUUGCGGGCCAGGUUUUAUUAGACGGGAGAGAUUUGAAGCUUUACAAUCUGAGAUGGUUAAGGAACCACAUAGGGCUUGUCCAACAAGAUCCGAUUAUCUUCUCGACGACGAUAAGAGAAAACAUUAUAUACGCGAGGCAUAACGCCAGCGAAGCAGAGAUGAAAGAGGCUGCGAGGAUUGCAAACGCUCACCAUUUCAUAAGCAGUUUGCCACACGGUUACGACACUCACGUGGGCAUGAGGGAAGUAGAUCUGACUCCUGGUCAGAAGCAGAGGAUUGCGAUUGCGAGGGUGAUUUUGAAGAACGCGCCCAUAUUGUUGAUAGACGAGGCGAGCUCUUCGAUAGAGUCGGAGUCUAGCAGGGUGGUGCAGGAGGCUCUUGAUACGUUGAUAAUGGGGAACAAGACAACGAUUUUGGUGGCGCAUAGAGCGGCUAUGGUUAGGCACGUGGAUAACAUUGUUGUGCUUAAUGGAGGAAAGAUAGUUGAGGAAGGGUCGCACGAUUCUUUGAUGGCGAAGAACGGUUUGUAUGUGCGGUUGAUGCAACCGCACUUUGGGAAGGGACUGCGUCAUCAGCAUAGGCUCGUUUAGGGUUUGGUUUGAUUUGGUUUGAUUUGGUUUAGUUAGUUAGAAGGAGACCCCGGGCUGAACGAGAGAAUGGUGAUAUGGCGAUUGACACGAUACCGAGAGCUGUUGUGCCAUGGCUACUAAUUUAUGUAAGGGUUUGGGAAGUGAAUUACUGCAUAAUAUUGUUAUUAUUGUUAUUAUUAUUAUUAUUAUUCUUUUGGUAUAAUAGAGAAGCAAAAUGCAGAUUAAGAUUAGAUUGUAGGACUAGUGUCUCUGUUCUGUCUGUCUAUUUCAUGUCCAGUUUGCAUUUCUGUGUGUAUUUAUUUUAACAGUUUUUUUUUACCAUUUUUUCUCUGUAAAAUUUCUUUUCUUUUUCUCC